AUGCAUAACUGUGUAACGGAUAACUGUGUAACGGACAACUGUGUAACGGAUAACUGUGUAACGGACAACUGUGUAACGGACAACUGUGUAACGGAUAACUGUGUAACGGACGACUGUGUAACGGACAACUGUGUAACGGACAACUGUGUAACGGAUAACUGUGUAACGGAUAACUUCGUAAGGGAUAACUGUGUAACGGACAACUGUGUAACGGAAAACUGUGUAACGGAUAACAAACUUUGCGUUAUGAAAGGACAAACGUGUUUUAUAGUGAGUAGAUAUUACAGAACGUGGCUGAAAAGAAGACUUAGAGAGUGGAGCAGUGGAUUUGCGGCGGCGCUGUCAGUGAUGGUGGCAGGCUCGGCCUUCGCCUGGGUAACUCAGAUCCUUGUGACUUUAACUAGCCCUGAGAGUGAGGUGCCGAUGACCAGGAACCAAAGCUCAUGGAUGGUUGCCAUGAUAGAAGUUGGAAACCUUUUAACUCCCUUGCCUACUGGCUUCUUAGUGGAUAUCUGGGGAAGAUGGCGUUGCCUGAUGUUGACAGCUCCUCUCUACAUUCUCAGCUGGGUCUUGGUAAUUUUCACCAGGAAUGUUCACACCCUGUACAUCAGCAGAUUUAUACAGGGUAUAGGGAUGGGAGUGGUGUACGUGGUAUCGCCUCUCUAUCUGGGAGAAAUAGCAGAACCCCGUCAUAGAGGAACGUUGAGUACCAUGUUUGAGGUGAUGUGGUACCUAGGUUCGCUUCUGCAGUACUGUCUGGCCCCCAUAGUCAGUUACCACACGUUAGCCGUCAUCUCCUUGUCCGUCCCCGUGGUAUACUUCCUGGCCAUCUUGGGAAUACCGGAGACUCCAUACUUCUUGUUGCUAUCUGGAGACGAAGUCAAGGCUGCAGAAGUGUUGCUGUGGCUUAGGGGAGGGGAGACGUCCCGUCGAGAGGUGGAGGCAGAACUGAAGGCAAUGAAGGCUUCAGUAGAUGAGGAUCUCGCUCAAAAGACAUCCAGCUCUUGGUUCGACCUUGUGGCUACCUCAACCAACCGAAGAUGCCUUCUUGUAGUUCAGAUUGUUGCUCUGCUAGAAGUCCUCAUGGGGAUCCCUGCUAUACUGUCCUACGUCACAGAAUCUCUGAUUACUACAGAAGAUGACUCAUUUCUUAAGCCAGACCAAUACACGGUGGUCCUCGGUGUCGCCAUCCUAGUAUCCUCCCUGAUCUCUGCCGCCACCGUAGAUCAUCUUGGUCGUCGUCCCAUCAUCCUCUCCUCUUGCCUAGGGGCCUCUGUGUGUCUGUUCAUCUCCGGAGGCUACUUCUAUCUCCACGAACGUCACAUUGUCGACGUCGCUGGAUACCAGUGGGCCGUCCUUCUCGCCAUCAGUUGCUACGGAGUCAUCCUCAGCAGUGGGGUUGGGGCUCUCUCAACCACGAUUAAGAGUGAACUGUUUCCAACCCACAACCGAGGUUUGGCCAACGGAGUCAUUACAAUGACCAACAACGUGGUAUGCUUCUUCAGUCUUAAACUUUACCAGGAUGUCCAAGACAGCGUGGGCGUCUUCCUAAACUUCUGGAUCUACGCCGGCUUCGGCCUCCUAGGAGCUGUGUUCCUCUACCACUACCUUCCAGAGACCAAGGGACAGACCUUUGCGGAGAUCCAACACACCAUGGACCUAGUCAUGCUGAGAGAGGCGGCGGCAGCGAAGACUGAUAAACCAAGUAAUCUGGUUGUCUGACGAAGACUGGUCUGGGAGAGGACUAAGGAAGUAGCCAAAGCUGGAGUGGAUGUUGAAUUUACUGAUAAGAGAGUACAAAGUUCCUAGAAUAGAGGAAUAACUGCGUCCCUCCAAAGAAGAGUGGAAAUAUUGAAAGGUCAAAUUUAGCAGUUCUUAUUAGGAUGUUUAUAUUUGGAGUUGACAGGACACCUUGGAUUUGUAGUUUAAGUUAAACUUUUAUUACUCAAAUAGUAUUGGAAUAAUGUUUCAUCAAUCAUUAGAGUAA